CAGUUGACGGUUGACAUCGUAACGGUUCACGACGAUUAAAGUGGCUUUAUUACUUUAAUUAUAAUUCAGUCGAUCUCGAUCGAGGGCAUUCGCUAUCAGGAAGCAGACCGAGGACAAGACUGAGCAAGAAUGGCAUUGACGUUGGCACUACCAUUAUUCGGCUUGGAUCCAGAGCACUUUUCCACUCUGAGCAUGAAGCUUCUUAAUAUCGAACGGGAACAGACUUUGAGGAAUUUAUCCGAUUCCGGACGGACUUCUCCGAGUACCGGAAGCGAGUCUAGCGGCGUCAGCAGUCUCGCAACGUCCGCCGAAUCGGCGUCAGCCGAAUUAACGCCGAUUUCAUCGAGGCCAGAGACUCCCACCAGAGUAACGUGCAGGAAUCAGGAGAAGAUAAAUGAACAAUAUCGCUUGAUGUACGAAGGCCGCGAUAUAUUGAAUCUGGGAGCGAACAUUAGAUCGUCGUUCGAUUGGCAGAUGAGAGAUCGAAUGUUCUCUCGACACGAGAUUCAUGAUUUUAUAAACAAUCGCCUGAUGUAUCAUCGAUUACGCGAGCAGUCGCAUACCAAGGAUUCUUCAGUGAAGCGCUGCAACGAAUGCGGAUUUUGUGAGCCGUCAUCCAUCUUUUGAUAUCGACUUAACCGUAACGAGACGAUUAACGUCAGCAACGUCCAACGUCCAAUGUCGUGGACAACUGAACUGUGAUAGACCGAAUAAGCGGCAGCCGGAUGGAGACGUAUCGUAAAUAAUCGAGGAAACGUAUGAAGAUAUUGAAUGUAACAUUUAAGGCAGCACCGAAAAUACUACGCGAUAUUCGCAAUAUGAAACGCGAAUAUUGAAGCAAUUGAAAUAUUCGCGUAAAUUAAUAAUAUAAUUUAUUAUUCGUAAAUUUGUGGAAGGUAUCUAGAAUUUUGAUUGAUUAAGAGAGUGUACGUUCCCUUGCCGGAUACGGGCUGCAGUAUUUAGUUAUUAGUUCUUCCACGCUGCGAGGUCGUAAGAUGUGGUAAAAUUAUCAAUGAUAAAUUUUGCAUGAGAAUAAAAAUAAUUCAGGGUCA